CAUGCUUGUUCAAAGUCUGUACAAUUUUAGGGAUAACUUUAUUUGCAUUAAAGCCUCGUGGUUUGGUUUUUGUGUAAUUGUAAUCGAUAAAAAGCAAACAGAGAAAAGUGAGAUUGCUUGUUUUAUGUGGGUGAUCCUUUACGUAAUGGAGUGGGGAAAUUGAGACGGUUUGACUUUCCUUGUGUGUGUGUGAAGUGAAAGUGCUCUGCUCAAUCUGCGAUGAUGCAACGCCAUAAACCGAAAUGUGAAAUGACGACCCAACUUUCUCUUAAUAAAUAUGAUGAAUUUUGGACAAUUUUUAACAGAUUUUUUCAACAACUUUCCCCUGGACAUGACUCAUUCAUUGUUGAUGCAUUGUUAAACGUUAAUUCACAAGUAAUAUGCCUUCUUUUUCUUAAUGAUGAAGGACCGUUCAUAACUUAUGUAAUGCAAAUUCCCAACUUUCUAGACCCCUUUGCCCCCUUAAUCAUGAGACUUAUCACGAUAGGAUAUAUCUGUAAACUGUACUCUUGGCAUUAUGCGUUACAUAAUUUAUAGAGACCCCUGACAAAGAAUCACGUGAUGGGUAAAGUAAGCUUUUAGUCCCGAGUUUAAAAUAUGUAGCUGCAUUCGGCUCUUUGUUUAUGAAGAGAAAAAAUAGAAAUAAAAUCAAAAAAAAAAUAAAACUUCUUAAUUGUAACGUAAAUUAUUAAGUUAAGUUUCUUGUAAAUAUUAUUGUGAUAUGUCGUAGAGGAGUUUUAGGUUAUGCGAUAAGAUAGUAAAUAAAUACUUUUUUCUUAAUAUUAUCAUGUCCUUUAAUACUUGUACUAUUAAAGUUCUUAUUAAGUAGCUGUUAUUAAGAGUACUGUAGUAUUAUAUAAUGGUUAAGAAUAAUAAAAUGUCAAAAUUUUAAUAUCUUGCCACAAUUUCCAUAGAUUAGAAGAGUUUAAAUUCUACAUUUUAGGGCUCAAACGUCACAAAAAUAUAUUAAGUUGUCUUUUGACUCUUUUGUACUCAAUAUAAAGACCCGUUAUAUAAAUAUUAUUGUUUUUAGCAAUAGAUAUAAGAUUACAUAAGAGACAAAUUUUUUGUAUUAAUUUUGUCGAUUGUGGGUGACUAAAGAAAAUCAAGGGAAAAAUUUUGUGACAAAAAAACGGAUUAAAAAUGAAGGAAGGAAGUAGCACGGCGACGAGUAGUGGGGGUGGGAGCAAAAGUUCGUCUGCCACACCCAGCCCGAUAACCACCUUACAGCAGACACUUUCUAAUCAGAAUAAUCGCGAAAAUUCUGGAGGAGGUCAUAUGAGUCAGCAAGGUCCUAUGAUCAUUAAUAACAAAAGCGGCCGAUCCCAUGUCAUUAUGAGUCCGGAAGAAGCAGCUAGUGGGAAAAAGAGUCACUGGAGUGAGUUAGAAAUUGCAGGCAACGUAAGGAACAUUUCUCUCGCCCUGUUCGACAUGACGCACCUGACUCAUCUCUACAUCAACGAUAAUACAGUGACCAAGCUGCCAAUGGAGAUUGGUCGUCUAUAUAAUUUAGUGCUGCUGGACGCGUCGAAUAAUAAGUUGCGAUGUUUGCCACCUGAACUGGGCGACUUGGUGCGGUUAAAGGAACUUUAUCUGGCCAAUAAUUACAUUAGACAUUUACCUCUCGAGAUGGGGAGGCUGUUUAACGUGCAGAUUUUAAACUUAAAAGGGAAUCCCUUACCACAAGAGUUACUCCAGCUGCAGUCGGAGGUUAACGGCACCCAGAAACUGUUAACUUUACUUUUGGACGCUUUACCAUUUCCAUCAACGGCGACCGCACCCACGCAAAAUAAUCAGCUAACCUCCCUUAAUUCCACCUCGACCGCGACGUCUGCAGAAUCGCUGAUUUCUCAACAGCAAUUAAACCACCACCAACAACAACAGCAACAGGUCAUAAUCCAGCAUUUACAACAGCAACAAGCCCACGCUCAGCAGCAUCCACAUGGCCAGACGAGGGACUUGACGACACUCCUCCAUCACGGGUUACCACAUCCCGGACCCCCGCCCAACAUGGGGUCUCCCAGUAAUUUAGCCCCACCGCCGAGGUCUUGGCUUCCUCUCUCCACUCCGACGAGGUCGCGCCCCUCCUUAAUAUUUACAGUACUUUGUUACAAUGUCUUGUGCGAUAAAUACGCAACUCGACAAAUGUACGGCUAUUGUCCCACGUGGGCUCUAGAUUGGGCGUACCGGAGGAAGUUAAUUUUACAAGAACUAAAGCACUACUCGGCCGACAUUAUUUCUCUCCAAGAAGUUGAAACAGAUCAGUUUUAUAAUUAUUUCCUCCCCGAGCUUCAGCUCGACGGAUAUGCGGGGAUAUUUGCGGCGAAAUCUAGGGCUAAAACUAUGAAUGAAAGUGAUCGGAAAUUUGUCGAUGGCUGUGCAAUUUUCUAUAGGACAAACAAAUUUAAAUUGAUUAAGGAACAUUUAGUGGAAUUCAACCAAUUGGCUAUGGCUAAUGCAGAGGGGUCAGACGACAUGUUGAACAGAGUCAUGACUAAAGAUAAUAUUGGUCUGGCUGCCCUCUUAGAAACUAGGUUAGAAGCUUGGGAUAAUGGAGUCCCGCAAGAAUACACACCACCGCUUCUCGUUUGUACUGCUCAUAUCCAUUGGGACCCUGAAUUUUGCGAUGUAAAGCUGGUUCAGACCAUGAUGUUGAUGCAUGAGUUGAGACUAAUUGCGGACGAAUUUAAUCCUCCGGGCAUCUCUUCUAAAAAUAUUCAACCUAAUGAUAAAGUACAUUUACUUAUGUGUGGCGAUUUUAACUCUUUGCCAGAGAGUGGUGUAAUUGAAUUUUUGGCCACCUCUCGAAUAGCUGUAAAACACCCUGACUUUAAAGAUUUAGGAUAUAAGCAAUGCCUGAACAGAAUUAGUUAUAAUAAUUCAACUCCCGAAAGAAGCAGCGAAGCGUACACACAUGCUUUCAAGUUGAACUCUGCAUACAACUCGGAAGUCAUGCCCUACACUAAUUACACAUUUGAUUUCAAAGGAAUUAUCGACUACAUUUUUUUCUCCAAACCUAAUAUGACUCCGUUGGGGCUUUUGGGGCCGUUAGACAAUAAUUGGUUGAAUCAAAAUAAGAUUGUAGGCGCUCCUCAUGCAGUUAUUCCAAGUGAUCAUUUUCCACUGCUAGUGGAAUUGGAAAUGACUUCCGGAGGAGGAUCAAAUCAACAUCAACGCAGAUAGUAUAAUUAAUAUAAUUUAUUAUCACAUUAUCAAGUUUUUAUAAGUAGCCAAGUGAUGAAUAUCCCAAUCUUGAUAUACUACUAAAUUUUACUCUGAGGAGAGCUCAGAUAAACCCAAGCGUUGAAUAUGUUUUUGUGAAUGUAGGUUCGGGGGCGCUUCCGUUCCUGUAACAAUUACAAAUAUUUGUGUUUGAAAUUAGUUAAUGUAUACAUAAAUAAGUAAUUGUCUAAUAAUAAUGAGUAUAGUGAAUUUACGGUAUAAAUAACUUUUUAAAACUUGUUAAAUUCUCCUCUACCACAUACCACAAUAAAUGGUUAAAUAAAUUAGUUUUUCAAGAUUACCAAA